UUAGUAUUACUACUUUAAGACAAAGUUGUUUUCUUUUUUAUUGCUUUUUGUUUGUGUCUGUGUCCGCACUUGAAGGUACACACUUGUGGAAGUCAGAGGACACCGCUGAGAACUGUUGUCACCUCCCUCCUGUUGGAGCAGGGUCUCCUGAUUCUGCUGCUGUGCUGUGUACUCGAGGCUGGCCGCCCUGCAAGCCUCCAGUCAGUUCUGUCCCUGUCUCCUACCUCAGUGCAGGAGUGCCGGGAUUACAGGCGCUCGUCUCUGCAUCCAGCCUCCGUGGGUUCUUUCCUGAGGAGUGCUCUCACCGCUGAGCCAUCUUCCUGGCCCGUUAGGAUUCUUUUUGUGGCGAGGAACCAAACUUCGGAGUUUUGCUAGGCAAGAAAGAAAAAGAGAUGUCUGCUUGAUGGUAAAUGUUUCUAUGAAGGCAAAUCUGAAUAAGAUGAGAGACCUGUCCCAUGUCUGGGAUGAAGGGUCUGAAGGAAGGAAGGAUUGCAAUGAUGAUCUUGGCCAGUCAGACAGAAAGACAUCUGCUGAGUAGAAGCGGUAGGCUUAGUGAUGCAGAAGGUGGGACCAGUUCUCAGAGCCAUUCAUUGAGAAGUCCAGGAGAUUUUAAAGCCUAAGUUAGACCACAAAGAGAACUUUCUCUUUGAGGCAAGAAGAUCUCAGCGUUUGCAAGGGUUUACAGGAUGCUUACAGGAUGCUCCGUCAGACCUCAUCACAGGCUUCCCAGAAAUCUAAAGCUCUUCAGAUCAGCCCAGGAGCUUGUCGCUGACCUCUGCUGAGCUUGUCUGACCUCCUCCUGGCUUCUCCCCUGCAGGUGCUUGGCUACAGCAAGCCAUGCUCUGAGCCAUGCCCAGGCCGGGACAGCCCCGCCCAUCAUCUGGGCCUCCACGCUUGGGGCCUUGGGAGCGGCCAGCAGAGCUAUGCCUGGAAACGAAUGAUGAGCGCUCCCAGCCCCCACCAGGCCGCCGCACCCGCAGGCCAGACCCCAAGGACCCUGGCCAUCAUGGGCCUGAGAGUAUCACCUUCAUUUCAGUUUCUGUGGAACCAGCCACCGAGCCCCCAACCUGCUGUCUCCUCUGGCGCCCCUGGGGGUGGGACUGGUGCAGGGCUGCCUUCUGCUUCCGACGCUGCAGGGAUUGCCUACAGCGCUGUGGGGCUUGUGUGCGGGGCUGCAGCCCCUGCUUAUCUGCUGGGGACGCCACCGCAGGGUCUCCCGAAGCUGCCUGGGCCAAGGAGCACAAUGGUGUGCCGCCCAGCCCGGACCGUGCGCCCCCCAGCCGCCGGGAUGGCCAGCGGCUCAAGUCCAGCAUGGGCAGUAGCUUCAGCUAUCCUGACGUUAAGCUCAAGGGCAUCCCGGUCUACCCCUACCGCCAUGCCACCUCCCCAGUCCCUGACGCGGACUCCUGCUGCAAGGAGCCCCUGGCAGAGCCUCCUCCCACACGGCACAGCCUGCCUAGCACCCUCACCAGCAGCCCCCGCGGCUCUGAGGAGUACUACUCCUUCCAUGAAUCGGACCUGGACCUGCCCGAGAUGGGCAGUGGCUCCAUGUCGAGCCGGGAGAUUGACGUGCUUAUUUUCAAGAAGCUGACAGAGCUGUUCAGCGUACACCAGAUUGACGAGCUGGCCAAGUGCACGUCGGACACCGUGUUCCUGGAGAAGACCAGCAAGAUCUCAGAUCUGAUCAGCAGCAUCACACAGGACUAUCACCUGGAUGAACAAGACGCCGAAGGCCGCCUGGUGCGCGGCAUCAUCCGCAUCAGUACCCGCAAAAGCCGCUCCCGCCCACAGACCUCCGAGGGGCGCUCAGCCCGCUCUACCGCCCCUGCUGCUGCCCCCGACAGUGGCCAUGAGACCAUGGUGGGCUCUGGCCUCAGCCAGGACGAACUGACAGUGCAGAUCUCCCAGGAGACAACCGCAGACGCCAUGGCCAGGAAGCUGAGGCCAUAUGGAGCCCCAGGGUACCCAGCCAGCCAAGACUCCUCCUUCCAGGGCACGGACACAGACUCUUCAGGGGCACCCCUGCUGCAGGUGUACUGCUAGCCCCACUGGCCCAGCCGUCCCGGCCCCUCUUGGAAGAAGCACAGCCAGAGGAGGAGAGGAGCCAGGACCUCUGUGUGGAGGCCAGAUCCUGAGCCCAGACGCCGUGACCUCUCUGGCUUCUGCUUUCAUUGAAUGAUCUUAGACCAUGUACAUUCCACAGGGCCACGGUGCCCAUGUCCUCUGCCUCUCCAGCUGCACUGACCGGUGCCCAGGCCUGUCUGUUCCUGUGGCCUGAAAACAAAGCCUUGGGAAGUAGCUUCCCAGUUCCAUUCCCAUGUCACCCUAAGCAAUUACGGAAACUAAGUAGGUUGGGUUGGGGAGAGCGUGGCCUCUAUUGAUUCCGUGGGCAGUGCCCACUUGUUAUAUUGCUGAGCAGUUUGUAUUGGUUCUUGGCUAUUCUAUGUUCUUAACAUGACCAUAGUUACAAGUACA